UCUCUCGCUCUCGCCCCGCCUGCAAUUGAACAGCAGCAACACAUCGCCAUGGACGCACUACCGCUGGAAAUCAAGGAGAAUAUCUGCAGUUUCUUGAGUCCAAGCCACUUGAAGCCGCUCCGUCUGGUUUCCAAAGAGUUCGCAUCUGCCGCCAUUCUAUACUUCAUUCCCAGGAUCUUCCUCUUCAAUCAUCCCGACAGCUGUAUUGAGAUGAAUGCCAUCCUCAGACAUCCGGAGAUUCCCAAGUACAUCAACACUCUCAUCGUCGACCCUAGCCCCGUUCAAUCGCUCGUGGAUUUUUAUGACUGGGUCGAAGGUUACAAUCUUCGCAAAGGAAGACACUUCAAAACAGAGCUUGAAGAAAAACGUAAAAUCUACAACACACUGCGGAUCAACCAAGAAAGUGGGGAAAUUGGCAGGUCCAUGGCCUCGGCGGUUCGCACUGCCUUCAGCAAUUGCCGUAACCUGAAGAACUUCAUCCUUGCAUCGUUUCAUCCCCCUAACGUUCUUCGCAAGCGUGAUGAAGUCUUUCAUGGACUUCCGCUAGAAUAUUCGCUGCACCCUGUGACCGUCGCGGCAUCAUGUUUGCCCUCAUACGAAGGUGUAGCCGAGUCUUUGCAGACCAUAACCAUCAAGAGCAUUGAACUCAAUCAGUGGAAUGGUGGCACCUCACGAAACUUACGACACCUACGUGUCUCCCUGUGCGAGAGCAGACCCAGUCCACGAUUCGAUGCAAUGAUCCACUCGGCGAUACAUCUCGAGACCUUGUGGAUUGAGUUCCCAUGGAUGCAUGACGGUCUCUACAGUCUCGACAGCUUGCUUCGAGGCAUACGAUUGGAGAAGCUUCACGAGUGCCUGCUGUUCUCCGUUUCGGUCAGCGAAGAUGAGCUUGUGGACUUCCUGCUUCACCACACGCAAUCGCUACGCACCUUCGGCAUAGGUGGAUCGCGUCUCCAUGAAGGAAGCUGGCCAUCCUUGUUUCGUCGUCUGUCGUGCCAAAUGGCGGUUCUAAAGCAAUUUGAGACAGUGGGCCAACUGCUCGUCAACCAACGUGAGUACACAGGAAGCUACAUGGCCGCGGUCACGAAGUUCGUGUUACGUGGAGGUCCAGAGCCUGUCGAGACGUUUCUGGAGGACUUUCCGCAUGACGAGAAUCGCCCGCGCAUCAUCCAGGAUGUGCAAGAUGGUCUUUGGAAGGACUACGAUUGCAUGAUCAACCGAUUCUGCUAGUCGCCGCUGGCAAGAAGAUAGGAAGCUCGUUGCUAGUGUAUCCCUGAUAUUAGCGUUGUCGAGUCACUGGAGAGAGCGGGAGGGUAACAGAUAUGGCUGGAUGAUGACACUGACCUGAAGGCUGGAGGUCAUUAGAUCCAUCGAAGC